UGGACUUUGGGAUCAUUACUUUCUGGCUUGCUAUAUAAGCUGCAGAACCUCGCCAGCUAAGCACAAGCACAGUGAAGUGGAUUUGCAGAUACACUUGCAAACUCAGGUCUAAGAGCCAUGAAGGUCCUUGUUGUGCUCGUCCUUGCCGUUUUCAGUGGCUGUCAAGCCAACCUCUUCUACGCUGAUGCACCCAAGCCACAGCUGGAAGUGCUGACUGAUGCUUUCUGGGACUACGUUGGCAAAGCCACCCAGACAGCUGAUGAAACCCUCCAGAUGAUCAGGAAGUCUCAGUUUGGACAGGAAGUCAGUGCCCGUCUGACAGAAAGUGCUGACAUGGCCAGCACAUACGCCGUCUCCAUCCAGGAGCAGCUUCCCCCUGCAGCCCAGGAGCUAAUCACCAAGGUCACCACAGAGGCUGAUGUGCUGAGAGAGCGCGUGGGCCAGGAGCUGAACACAGUCAGGGAGAGGCUGGAGCCCUACACCGAGGACAUGAAGGCCCAGAUCCAGCAGAAAGUGGAGCAGCUCAAACAGGAGCUGGCCCCCUAUGCAGACAACCUGGACUCCGAGGCCCUGAGGACCACCCUGAUGCAGAAGAGCGAGGAGCUGAGAGUCAGCCUGGAGCAGAGCGUGAAGGACCUGCAGACCCAGCUGGGGCCCUACACCGACGACCUGAAGCAGAAGGUGGACCAACACCUGCAGGAAUUCAAGGAGCGCGUGGCCCCCGUGACAGAGAAGGUCCAGAGCGAGCUGACCCAGAGAGCCCAGCAGGUGAAAGAAAUGGCCACCCCCUACGUUGAUGAGCUGAGGGGAAAGCUGGACCCCUACGCCCAGGACCUCCAGGCUCGUCUCACCAACCUCUAUGAGUCCUUUGUCAAAACCAACUAAGUCAACCUCCACCUCACUUUUAACAAAAACAAACUGCAUCUAAAGAAACACAGUUUCAGGGACAUCCAUGUUGUUAACAACAUGACAACACAAGCUCACCAGUUUUGAAAUCUGAAGAUGUCUUUAGACAUAUUUACAGUGUUAAACAAAGAUCAAUUAUAAAUAGAGUGUUGGUCUGUGACCACGCAACACAGUGUUCUCUCUAUAUAUUAUGGCAAUAAAAUAAAAGCAAAACAUAA